AUGCCUGCACUCAAGACAUUGUAUCGAAAGCGGACACUAUUCCUGUUCAUAUCGAUCUCACUAUUCGUCAUUUGUCUCACAGUUUUUGUCAAUUUUGUGAACAAUUACAUAAAGAAUGACUAUUUAGGAGACUAUCACUCGGAAUCUCAUUUAGGGGUAUAUAAUAGAUAUGCCGUCUCUACCGACUCAUCCCAGUGCGCACACAUAGGCAAACAAAUUUUGGACUCAAACGGAACGGCAGCCGACGCGGCCAUUGCAGUGAUGCUAUGUAUGGGCGUUACGAUACCCCACUCCAUGGGCUUAGGAGGCGGUUGUCUUAUCUUAGUCUACAACUCAACCACAAAACAGACGGUUGUCAUCGACGGCAGGGAGGAGGCGCCCAAAGAGUCGCACAGAGACCUCUUCGCCAACAUAAGCUGUGACCCCAGACUUCCCCUCUCUAUAGGAGUUCCCGGAGAACUGGCCGGUUAUUGGGAUGAUGUGGUCUCCAAACCCGCUGAGCUCACCAGUGUCGAAAAGCUACCACGAGGGAACUACACGUUACACUCGUUCCCAUUGCCUGGAAGUGGAGAUUUGUUGGCAUUUAUGUUGAAAGUGAUGGAGCAGUACGAGGACGAUAUGAACCACAAGACCGGCAAAUCACUGAACAAAACCACACUUUUCUACCACAGACUCAUCGAGACAUUCAAAUUGGCUUUCAGUCGACGAACACUUCUGGAAGAGGACACCGAUUAUAACAACCCUUUUGUCAAACAAUUGACUUCCGAUGAGUUCGCCAAAGAAACAAAGGAUUUAAUCGACGACUCGAAGACUUUUCCCAUAAAAUCGGAAAGAUAUGGAAAUAAUAUUUAUAUCACUGAAGAUAAGGGAACGGCUCACGUGUCAGUCAUCGACGGUGAGGGCAAUGCGGUGGCUGUCAGCUCAUCCAUCGGGCAAAUCUUUGGGAGCAAAAUAUAUUCAAAACGCACGGGUAUUAUAUUAAACGACCAACUCUUUGAUUUUAAGGUCGAUUAUCAGAAAUAUAAAUAUCCGGCAAAUGAAACAAAUCUAAUAAAUCCCAGCGACUCUUUGGGCGCCUCCUCCCUGCCGUCGAUGACAACCGUCUGUUUUGUGGUUGAGUUGUAG